AACAAUCCUUGUUAAGUAACUCUGCUUUUAAGCAUUCCAAUAAAUAAACUGGCAUCAUUAAAACAAAUGUUUAAUCUGUGCAAAACCAUUUGUUGACAUUUACUGUGUCGAGCUUGAGAAAUCGAAAAGAAAGUGGUCAUGUCAAUCGGUAUGGACCGAGACACAGCUGAAUUGUUGACAACCAAAGAAAAAGAGGAAGAAGAAGAAAUGAAACGGGAACUUCUUGACAUGAAAAUGUAUGAGUCGUGGUAUACGUACAAGGAUAUGAAACAAAUUCUGGGCUUUAUUAAUGAAUCCAAGGAUAUGGCAAAUAUGGUGAAAGAUCAGAAAAAUGUACAAAAGGAAUUAUUAGAGACUUCUAACGAGUCUACCUCAGAACUGAUGUCCAAGUCGAACCUGGCACACGAGUUAGAAAUACAAGAGCAUAAUGAUUUACCUAGAUUAGUACAUCCACAUAGAUCUAGCCAUGCCCCUUCAAUACUACUAGAUCAAAUACCUUCCCAUAAUCACAGCAGCCCUGAACUUGCGCCAUCAAACACUGACUCAAGAAGCUCUGCGUACAGGAGCAAACAUUUGGACAUAGAUGACAUGUUUGAUAGAUUACACGACAAUCUAAACACUAGAGACAGUUAUGCUCAUAGCCUGAACAGAUACGUUUCUUUGAAAUCGAAAAACUCUUUGCAAGAUUCUCACAGUACACACAAUGCAGAAACAAAGAUGGAUGUGCACAUGGACAGCAACCGAAAAUUGGAGAAAUGGCAGAUUAACCCGCUUGAUUCGUGUGUCAAUGAAAAUGAUGUGCCUUUACGGGAGCCGGAACGACCUGUGGUACCGGAUCGAAUGCCGUACAAAUUAUGGAAAGAUCCGGAAACGUCUGAGACACUCGAGAAACUAGUGGUUGCAUUAAACGUUCAUUUGAAACAGACAGCAGAAUUGUGGCAUAGUUGGCAUCGUACUGCUGAUUCUAAGUUUCAGUGGGGGUCACCCAUUCAGGUGGAUCUUGCUAAAGGUAGUUGGGAUAGAAAGUCAUUAACAAACAGUAAAACUGAAGAGAAUCGAAUGGAAUUACGUACAAGUGUAUAUAACAGUGAACGGCCUAAUAAACGUAAAUCAACCUUGGUUUUUUCUUCUCGCACGACACAUUCCAGCAGCGACGAAGAUGAAAAAAUAGUUAAGAAAAAGAAGACACAUUCUUAUGAACGGCCAAGCAGAGUGUUACGAUCUCAUAAGGAAGUAUGCGUUAACCCUGGCAAAAGAAAUUUGCAUUUAGACGAUGACGAUAGUACCCAAAAUAUUGGCAAUGUAGAAACUUUGGGAAUGGAACGCGAAAAACAUGAAAGCGUGUCGCCUGUACUACUGUCUUCUCAUUCAAGAAAAAUCACACCUCCAAAUACAAGGAUGUGUAUUAAAAAGAAAAAACAUAACAUUAGUAUUCUUGCCAACGGCCCGUCGGAACAUAACAGCGGCGAGAAGCAAAACGCUAUAAGUUUAGAUUCCAAAGAAAAAUCGAGUAUGCUCACGGAUGAGGAAAUUCUUUUAGAGUUGGAAAAAGAUAAUGUUGCGAAUGAUAUUAAAAGAACGGAAAAAUCGACGGAAAUUAAACCGCUACCGCUGAGAGGACUUUCGCGUAGAAUAAAGAAUGAAUGUAUGAUAUUGGAAAAAAUUCAAAAAGAUAAACAGAAGAAGAUAGAAGUCGAGAAAGAGGAAGCCCAAAGACGGGAGAACGAGGAGAAGAAGAAACGAGAGGAAUUUUAUAAAAAGCAAACAGAAGAGAGGCAGCAAAGGGAAAGGCUGAGAGAAAAACGAGAAAUCUCCAGGGAGGAGAAAAGUAAAAGAUGGAACAGUAUAGUAAACAUGAAAGCUCAAAGACGAGUCAGCGAGGAAAGUAGGGAAAACGUAUGUGAUUUACUUAAGCAGAAUGAAAACGAGACGUUGCUUCUGGACAACUCGUUGGUCACGGAAAAAGUGGAGAUUACAAAAGAUUAUUCAUCAAAUAAUGUAAGUUGUCCUAUCUGUAAUCAGUACUUUCCAAGUGAUGUAAUAGAAACGCAUGCUGCCGGAUGCGAGCAAUACAUAAGUGACGGUGAAGACGAGAUGAACAUUACUGUACAUCGAAGUAAAACGUUACCGCUGCCGAUGAAUGCUGCAAACAAUGAAGAAAUUCUGGAAUGUGGUGUCUGUUUAGAAUAUAAAACAACUAACAACGCACAAUAUGAACAACAUGUUAAGAAUUGCUUGCAGAAACGACAACAGGGAGAAUCGUCUCCUGAGUGUACAAGUACUGAAAUAGAUAAUAUCAUUAAUUCGCCAAUCCGCUGUUACAGACCAAUUAGUGAACAAGCUGAUUCUGAAAUAGAUUACAGAAGACAAUUUCCAUCGAACAGCAGAACAAAAAUACGUGCCACUAAAAAGAGGAAACAUUAA